UCAGCACACGGAGGAAUUUCUCAUCAAGCCCGAGUCUCGGAUCGCCCAGCUGGACACGUCUCAGUGGCCCUUGCUGCUGAAGAACUUUGACAAGUUAAAUGUGAUGACGGCACACUACACACCUCUUUCUUCUGGUGCUAAUCCACUGAAGAGAGAGAUUUCUGACUAUGUUAGGUCUGGCUUUAUUAACCUUGACAAACCUUCCAAUCCAUCUUCCCACGAGGUGGUUGCAUGGAUCCGACGCAUCCUUCGAGUAGAGAAGACUGGACACAGUGGCACUCUGGAUCCUAAGGUGACUGGGUGCCUCAUUGUGUGCAUUGAGAGGGCAACACGACUGGUCAAAUCUCAGCAGAGUGCAGGCAAAGAGUAUGUGGGAAUUGUUCGGCUGCACAAUGCAAUUGAAAGUGAGGCUCAGCUUGCCAGGGCAAUAGAAACUCUGACAGGUGCACUGUUUCAGCGACCACCCCUCAUUGCUGCUGUCAAACGACAACUGAGAGUCAGAACCAUCUAUGAGAGCAAGCUGGUGGAGUAUGAUCCUGAGAGACGAUUAGGUAUCUUCUGGGUGAGCUGUGAAGCAGGCACAUAUAUCCGAACACUCUGUGUUCACCUUGGUUUGCUGCUUGGUGUGGGGGGCCAGAUGCAAGAGCUCCGCAGAGUGCGCUCGGGCAUCCUGGGAGAGAAGGACAACAUGGUGACUAUGCACGAUGUACUGGAUGCACAGUGGCAGUAUGACAACAACAAGGAUGACAGCUACCUGCGAAGAGUUAUCCUGCCAUUGGAGAAACUGCUGACUUCACACAAGCGGCUAGUCAUGAAAGACAGUGCGGUUAAUGCCAUUUGCUAUGGAGCCAAGAUCAUGCUACCUGGUGUCCUGAGGUAUGAAGAUGGUAUUGAGCUUAAUCAGGAGAUUGUUGUCAUCACCACGAAAGGAGAAGCUAUCUGCCUAGCCAUUGCCUUGAUGACCACAGCAGUCAUUUCUACCUGCGACCAUGGCAUUGUGGCAAAAAUCAAGAGAGUGAUCAUGGAGAGAGACACGUAUCCCCGCAAAUGGGGUCUCGGUCCCAAGGCUAGUCAAAAGAAGAUGAUGAUCCAGAAGGGUCUGCUGGACAAGCAUGGAAAGCCCAACGAGAGCACACCGGAUUCCUGGAAGAAGGAGUAUGUGGAUUACAGGGAUGCUUCCAAGAAGGAGGCAGCUGCCAUUCCCCGAGCUGUUUCAGAGCUGGAGAGGGCUCCAAAAAGGAAGCGAGAAUCGGAGAGUGAAAGUGAGGAGGCUGUGACCCCACCAUCCCCUGCCACCCCACCACCAGAGGAGCUGAGCAAAAAGGAAAAGAAAAAGAAGAAGAAAGAGAAGAAGGCCAAAGAGGCAGCUGAGAGUUGGGGAGAGCAAAUAGAAGUGACCAGUGAGACCGGCACCAAGAAGAAGAAGAAGAAGAAGAAACAAAAGGAGGUAGAAGAGAGCUCGGAGUAAGCGACCCGAUCUGUCCAAAGCAGGCGACCUCGUCAGUAGGGAGGGAGGAGUCUGAGGCCUUGAGAAAAAGAGGACUGGCUGCAUGGCAGAGGGGCCAGCAAGUUCCAAGUUCCUUUUCUGCUGUAUAUAUGAGUGAGCGGGUGUGUUUGCCCAGGAUACACCCUGCUCAGGUACCCCUCCUCAUCCUGUUUUAAGGGUUGCCAGAGGAGUGAGAUGCCUGACUGCCCCUGCACUGGAUUGUUCUCUAAAGCUGAACACCAUGAUGCCAAUAGAAGUGGUAUCUUCAGGGAAGCUGUAGCUCCUGGCUCUUACUUGGUGUCUCUCUUUUCACCUUGAGAGGGAGGAAUAACGUUUCUCCCCUCUUGUCCUGCCUCUUUCUUCCUUUUCUUCCAAGGCUGGAGCUGUUAUCUGACAGUUGCAGCAUGUGUUGGUGUCUGGAGGACUGGCUUUGUCAUGGCCCAUUUGGAUGGGAACAGUCAAAUCGUUUAUUUGAAGGGCUCUGGUUUGUUUUAAUGUGGCCAUAUGCUUGGCUUGACCCUCAGCUAGAUGAGAUCAAAUAGUCCACGCAG